AGAUUCCCAAGUGACCAGCUCACCCAACACUCACCUCCGCGCUACAGCCAGUUUUCCGCAGGGUACCAGAAUCGCAGAUAUGUGGAAACCAACAUUACUGCUCGCCGCUGCGCUGGCGGUCCCGUCACAAGCGCUACACUUCUUCAUGGACGGUGCAGUCCAGAAGUGCUUCUACGAGGAAUUGCCCAAGGAUACACUGGUUGUUGGCCACUACCACGCCGAAGCAUGGGACGACGCAACCAAAUCCUACCAAACCAAGCCCGACGUCGGCGUCUUCGUUACCGUAGAAGAGACAUUCGAUAACAACCACCGCAUUGUUGCCCAACGAGGUAGCUCCGAGGGCCGCUUCACUUUCAGCGCUGCCGACAGCGGCCAACAUAGGAUCUGCGUGACACCCCAGAAUGUACCGAGCAGUGGUGGCGGCUGGCUGAGCUCCGGCGUGCACGGCACAGUCAAGUUCACACUGGACAUGGCGAUUGGCGAGACCAGCAGGAUCGAGAGCACGGACAAGGACAAGGUCGAGACGCUGGUGCAGAAGGUCAGGGACCUGAACUCGAGGUUGCAGGACGUCAGGAGGGAACAGGUCUUCCAAAGAGAGCGCGAAGCCGAAUUCCGCGACCAGUCCGAGCAUACCAACUCCCGUGUCGUUCGCUGGACCCUCAUCCAACUUGUAAUUCUGGGUGUUACUUGCGUUUGGCAACUAUCGCACUUGCGAGCUUUCUUCAUCAAGCAGAAGCUUACCUAGAGUCGUCGAAAUGACCGUCGUGUUUCGUUUCUGGCGCGUACAAAGACAUGAGGGACAAGUUUGGAGGAAAAGGCAUGUUUUACCUUGGUUCGGUGAAAUGCUCUUGCAUCUGUAUUGCGGAAUACGGCGUUGGAACAACGGGUUGGUGGGGUUAGCGUUUGUGAUUUUGAACGAGGCAUAGCAUCACACAAAGUACGUGUUGAAUAGCUAUGCGCUUUUACUGUCUGCCUCUUUCAUUAGUCCCGUAUAUGCCCAGUUCAAGUAUAUGUAGAAGGAAGCGCCUGUAGGAGCAUUCUCGUCAAUGCUGACAGGAAGUAGGGACGUAUCUGUUGUAUCGAGAUAGUCGGAAGUGCUGGUGUGUACGAAUCAAUACCAAUAACGU